AUGGCUCCACCUGUGCCAUCCUCGGACCCCAUCGAUGAUGAAGUCGGUGGCCUGCAAGACGACGGCAUGCGCCGCGCUUAUGCGGAACCAGCUGUGCUAAGUUGGGACGAUGACUCGGAUGACGAGCUCCUCCUUGAUGCCGAUCUUCCGCUCCGUCGGCAGCCACGACGUGCGGCUGCACGGACAGCGCCCUACACGUUUCGACCGAGUCUCGUGCGAGAAGAGCCGGACACGCGUUUUUCCAUCGAGGCUCUGUGCCGCGAGAAAAAGCGUCCGAGACGACGCGUCGACGUGGAUGUCGCAGUGGAACUGCCCAACACGGAGGCACCUGACAGUGUGUGGCAGCUGCUAGCUCGAGAUGCCCAGGAACGCAAGCCCAAAACGUCCACGUAUUGGGACCACGAGAUGAAUCCAGCUACUGAUGUGCACACUGGUGCGUCGCUGGCGCAACAUAUCGAUACCCUCGCACCGUUGGACCUCAUUCAAGUAGCACUCGCUGACGACGAGUACGCGGCGCGUGCUGCUCGGAACCGACUAGCCCAUGUCGAGCAGGUAUGGAUGUAUGUGCCUGUCAUUCUCGCGAGUCUGGGUCACGGCGCGUCCGAAGGAAUACUGGGCUGGGCUCCGCCUCGUGAGCGCCGCGUUCAUCGACUCUGGCACAUGCUACAAUGUCUUCCAGAUCCAUGUGAUGCACAGACAUGGACGAUGCUGCUGCAUCUCGGCACGGCACCUCCUAUGCAAGCGUUUCCAUAUGAACGAGCUUCUCUGUUACGGCCGCUCCUCUCUCACAUGGACCUCGAUGAGCUGGGCGCGUGCAUCGUCGACCUGGGCAAGACGUUGGAAGCGGAGGAUCGCGUCGCGCUCGUCCGUGCCAUUCCCGGUUUGGGAGACGUCCGAGCUCUUGUGGCCUACCACCUGCUUUUAUCUCUUUCGUGGCCUUCGCCUCUCGAUAUACCCCGCCUUUCAGCAUGGCUGGCUACGACACAUACGCCCGGUGACUACGCUUCGGCGACGGCUCACAUGGAGCUUCUGUCCCUCGCUCUGUCCAAUGCCCCUGCGCUUUUGGCAGCGCGUGGCAGCGAUGCACUUUGUGAGCUGUGCCCUCUGGUCCAGCGCGUAUGGACCUUGUGUCGCGCAUGGUAUGACCCACGAGGUCACACCGACAAGAUGGCAGCUCGAGAUGUGGCACAGCGCCUAGGAUGGAGACUAUCGUACCAAGCGCGAAACUAUGUCGAAAAAAGUCAUGAGCAGGCAUGGUCACUGCAACCUCUUUUAGACGGCAUCAUGCCGAGUAGUGUAUAUUAG